CAGAUAUAGUGAAUGCAGGGUCCUAGGAGAGCGGAUAUAGUGAAUGCAGGGUCCGGGAGACCGGAUAUGGUGAAUGCAGGGUCCGGGGAGACCAAUAUAGUGAAUGCAGGGUCCGGGGAGACCAGAUAUAGUGAAUGCAGGGUCUGGGGAGAUCGGAUAUAGUGAAUGCAGGGUCCGGGGAGACCAGAUAUAGUGAAUGCAGGGUCCAGGGAGACCAGAUAUAGUGAAUGCAGGGUCCGGGGAGACUAGAUAUAGUGAAUGCAGGGUCCGGGGAGACCAGAUAUAGUGAAUGCAGGGUCC